CUCAGCCGGGUUUGCCUUGCGUAAGGCGGCCCAGGCCCAGCCUAUAAAGGACCGGCCCGCGGGCUGGGGGCCAGUGGCACCAUGGCAGCUGCGAGGGACGCGGCGCUGCUGGCCUGGAUCCUCUGCCUCGGGGCCGCGGCGCUGGUGGCCGCAGAACAACCAGAAGCAGAGACCAAAUACGGGAGAGUCCGAGGGUACCAAUUCCACGUGGACACAGCUGAGAAGACUGUAAAUGUCUUUUUGGGACUUCCUUUUGCUAAGCCUCCCGUUGGAUCACUGAGGUUUUCUGAACCACAGCCACCUGAGCCAUGGGAAGGUGUCAGAGAUGCCACUUCCUACCCACCAAUGUGUCUACAGGACCCAACACUAGGACAGUUUGCUUCAGAUAUGGUAACCAACAGAAAAGAGAAGGUUCCUCUGCAAGUGUCUGAGGAUUGCUUGUACCUAAAUGUCUACACACCUGUUUUGACAGGAGAAAAACAGAAGCUGCCUGUCCUAGUAUGGAUCCAUGGAGGUGGAUUAGUUAUUGGAGCAGCUUCAUCAUAUGAUGGCUCAGUAUUUGCAGCAUUUGACAACGUGGUGGUUGUAACAAUUCAGUACAGACUCGGUAUUGCUGGAUAUUUUAGCACUGGUGAUGAGCAUGCCCGAGGUAACUGGGGAUAUUUAGACCAAGUGGCGGCUCUUCGCUGGAUUCAGGAAAAUAUCAUGCAUUUUGGAGGAGAUCCAGGAUCUGUCACUAUCUUUGGAGAAUCUGCAGGAGGAAUCAGUGUUUCUGCUCUUGUCUUAUCUCCCCUGGCCAAGGGCUUGUUCCACAAGGCCAUUUCAGAGAGUGGCACUGCAGCCCUGGGCUUGUUCACUGACCAGCCUAAGGAGGAUGCACAGAAAAUUGCUGCUGUCUCUGGCUGUGAAAAAUCCAGUUCAGCUGCAAUGGUUGAAUGCUUGAGAGGAAAAACUGAAGAAGAACUACUACAGAUAACACAGAAAAUGGAGGAUAUCUUUUUCAUCAGUACAUGUGUAGAUGGUGUAUUUUUUCCAAAGAGUCCCAGGGAACUACUUUCUGAAAAAUCAAUCAAUGCUGUCCCAUACAUCAUAGGAGUAAAUAACUGUGAAUUUGGAUGGGGACUUCCUAUGCUGAUGAAAUUUCCGCCUUUUGUGGAUGGUCUGGAUAAAGAUGUUGCACGUCAAAUUUUACAGAGCACCAUAGCACUAGUCAUUAAGGGCCUUACAUCUGAAGUUGUUGACAGAGUGUACAAGGAGUACAUGGGGGAUGCAGAAAGCCCUGCCCAGGUCAGAGAUGGCCUCCUGGAUGCAUUGGGAGAUGUCUACUUUGUCAUCUCAUCUGUGCAAGUGGCCAGAUCCCACAGAGAUGCUGGCAACCCAGUCUUCUUUUAUGAAUUCCAACAUCGGCCGAGUUCCGUGGAAGGUUUGGUACCAGAGUUUGUAAAAGCAGAUCAUGGAGCUGAGAUUGCCUUUGUCUUUGGAAAGCCAUUCUUAGCUGGAGGUGCUACAAAAGAAGAAAAUGAACUUAGCAGAACUGUGAUGAGAUACUGGACCAACUUUGCUAAAAAUGGAAAUCCCAACGGGGAGGGCUUGGUCCAUUGGCCUCAGUAUGACCUGGAGGAAAAAUACCUGGGAAUAGACCUGGAGCAAAAGGCAGCAGAGAAACUGAAAGAACACAGAAUGGAGUUUUGGGCACAGCUCCUGAAACAAAGUCAGACUGAAAGGAGAAAACACACAGAUUUAUAAGAUCUGUGGAGGGCAGUUUGCUUUUAAAACCCAAAAGAAAGUCAAACAAAAUGAGUUUGUGAGCAUACAGAGUAAUAAUCACCUUCUAACUCACUGUUGUGUAAUCUGCUGUCCUAAUCACAGUGAAGGGAGAGCAACAAGGGGCAUUCAGAAUGUUUGUCAGUCUGAAAAUCACUAUUUAAUGAAGCAACCAGAAAAAACCCCCACAAUCUAUCCGGGUCCAGACAGACCAUGGUACCUACUGAGUGCAUAUAAAAACUGAAUACUGAGGUGGGAAUGGGCACAUGAACUGAAAUCUGUAAGAAAAUAUAUAUAUAGAAUAUACUGUAAAUGUCAGACGAUUUUAUAUGCUUAUUCCCUUCUUCUUUCAGAAGGGCAUGGUCAGUUGUCCUUCCUAGAGACUCUUUCUGCUUUCUGUAACUGGAAAUAGCUUGUAGGCAGCAGAGCAUCCAUCAACCUACGUCUGUGAGGUGAGCUUGACAUCUCACAAAAGAAGACACAAAAUCUCUACCUGUUCUAUUGCUGUCUGAAUUGUUCUAAAUAAAUGGUGCUUUGAUUUUUUGGAGCUUCCUUUUCUUUCACUUAACUGAUGGAGGCUCAUUCCGAGAGGUCAAAGCACACAUGAGAAGCCAGAAACGUGCCCAGGUUCUUUCUUCCACCCAAAUGGUGUCAAGUAUGAAUCUUUGCAGGUGUCUGUGCAGGACCUGAGGCUUAAGGCUCUUCCACAGCCUCUUUGGGCUGUGACUGUGUGUCCUUCACCCCUUCCUGGCAAAUGCCCACUGCAGGGGCUGCAGGAGGACGCAGUGCUGGCAGGACAGACGCCCACAGAGGCAGAGGGGGAGCAAAGGCUGGUGGUGCUCCCUGCACCUUGUUGGCUCAGAGCACCAGAGAGAUCUGCUGACAUGCAGAGUGUGCACCCCCUGCUCCCCCAGCUGGGGAAGGGCUCAGGGCACACCGGGAGGGAAGUGGCUUUUUUGCCAACUUACAUGGCAAGCAGGACACAAAGGGACAAUGUAGGAAUGCAGGAAGCCAGGAGAGCUCUCCUCAUGGCCACAAACAAACAAACAGCCCUACUCCAACUCCCAUUGCACUGGUGCCCAGCUCCCACAUCCCACAGCACCUGGGGGCUCUCACAGGGACAGCCCAAGCUCCUGCUGCAGCUGGUGACCCUUUGUAGGUGUCUUCUUCUUCCUCCUCUCCCCUGGCUUCACUUGCUUUUGCACACCUGUGGAUCUCAAGCAGUGUCAUCUGCACUACUUGUGUAGCAGAUAGGGCCUGGCGUUCGGAAGAUCUCGUGAUGUUACAGGAAGACAGGGCCCCUGCCCCCUUAGAUAAGAAAAUUAACAUAGGAAUGUAGUCCCCUGAACCAGUUUUCAGUAACUUUCCACUUGCCCAAGUAACUCUCCAUUGCCUACUAACCAUAGAUGGUAAAGACAGACUGACGUAGAAGCCCCCUAGACUAUAAAACCCCACGGGAAGAGAGAAUAAAGGC